UAAAAGUCACAAUUGCUAGGUUUCACUGCUAACACUGCAGACUAACCAGUGCUUAAUCUGGUGAUGGAUUUUAUUGGUUGUGAUGCAGUGCUCAUAGAGCUCUUAUAAGCCCCCUGGUGGAAAAUACUCAUGCAGUAAGACAAAGAUUUGAUUUAUCCCAAGCUUAAAAUUUGUCAGGAAACAGUGCUAACCACUGUGCAACUGUGCUGCACUGUACUUUAAAAUCAAAUUAAGGAUGAUUUCAAAAAUUUAGAACUAGAAGAGCUGAACAAGAUUGUUUCUAGUUAACCCAAAACAUCUUUUGUUAUGAGACUAUUUUUGAGCAUCAGAGGUACUUCACCUUUACACCUUUCAAACUUUGACAUGUGCACAAAUAAUCUUUCAAGUGAAAAUGCAGAAAAAACUGAUAGACUUGAUUAUUUGUGUGUAACAUCUCUUGCACUGCUUUUUACAGCUGCAAAUCAAGGCCAAACAUAAUCUCAUUCAUCUUUCCAGCUAACUUCCAUAAGAGAAGACGCGCUCAAUGGGUGUGACUUUUAUCAACUCAGGAACUGGUUAAUAUUAACUUAAGUUAUGAACCAUAAAGUUAAACAGUGUGGCUUUGUGACUGUGAAGAUAAAUUCCUUCCCACCACACCUUGUAUGUCUGCGUCUACAAUGAGCAAGUCAGCAGCUGCUAGGACCAAUCCCUUUUCUAGGAGGGCUUACUCUCCACUUUGCGUUUCAAGAGCACAGCAAGAGAAUGAGCAAAGUAUACAGUUUUUAAUUCAAAUACCAUGGCAAAGCAAUGGCAUAUGGUGUGUCUUUGGAUCAUAUGGCAUUUUCAGACCUCAAAUGUUACAGCAUUCAACCUGGACACAGAGAAUGUACUGCAGAGAAAUGGAGAUCCAGGCAGCCUGUUUGGAUUUUCUGUUGCCUUCCACCAACAGCUCAAACCUGCUAGAAAGAACCUACUGCUGGUAGGAGCUCCACGAGCAAAGCAUCAGAACCAGGUGAAUGUUACAGGAGUUGUUUACAAGUGUGAUCUGACUACAACAUCUAAGAGCUGUCAGCCCAUUGAGUUUGAUGAUAAAGAGCUCCUCAGUAGUAAAGGCAUAAAUAACCAGUGGAUGGGAGUUAGAGUCACGAGCCAAGGUCCUGGUAAAAAUGUAAUGACUUGUGCGCAUCACUAUCAGGACUGGGACAUAACCCCAGGUCUUUACGUUCCUCACCUGCUGACGGGUCAGUGCUACCUCUUAGGAGACGACCUGAAGGUGGGGGAAGAAGAAAGGAGCUGGCGGAGGGUCGUUUGUGAUAGAGAACACUUAACAAGACGUCAAAAGGACCACGACUGGUUUGCCUACUGCCAGCAGGGUCAUGGAGCAUCUUUUGCAAAGGAUAACAUAUCCCUUCUAUUUGGAGCACCAGGAGCUUAUCAGUGGAAAGGAAUAGUAAGAAUGGAGGUUUUGGACAAUCUGGACAUCUACAGUGUGGAUGCUCGCGAGACUGGAAAUAUUGACGAUUUUAACCCAAAACUCAUUCCUCUUAAGUCAAACAGCUACCUGGGAUUCUCCAUUGACUCUGGAAUGGCCCUCAUCAGGAAAGGUGAGCUGACAAUCGUAUCAGGAGCACCCAGAGGAGGUUACAGCGGACAGGUGGCAUUUCUGAAGGCAGACCCUGUGGCACAGAGAAAUCUGUCUGUGGAGCUGGUCCUCUCUGGACCAGGCCUGGCCUCCUCCUUUGGCUAUGAUUUGGCAGUGGUGGAUCUCAACAGUGAUGGGUGGGAUGACCUCGCUGUGGGAGCACCGCAGUUCUUUGUCAAAGAUGGCGAGGUUGGAGGAGCAGUCUAUAUCUAUAUCAAUAACAAAGGAAGAAACUGGGAGAAUAUUGUUCCAGUCAAACUUCUCGGACAUAAAGACUCCAUGUUUGGCCUCGCAGUAGAAAAUAUUGGAGACAUCAAUCAAGAUCAUUAUGGAGAUAUUGCAGUGGGAGCACCGUAUGAGGGCUCUGGACUUGUAUACCUUUACUAUGGCUCUCCAGAUGGUGUCAACAGAGAGCCUGGACAGAUAAUUUCAUCACAAUCAAAGAAAGUGAAACUGUUUGGAUAUUCUCUGACUGGUAACCUGGACGUGGAUGAUAAUCAGUAUCCUGACUUGGCUGUUGGAUCUCUCUCUGAUUCCAUUUUUGUUUACAGAGCAAGGCCAGUGGUCACCGUCAGCACCGCUCUUAAGAUUGCACCAAAUGAAAUAGACAUCGCAAAGAAACGAUGUGAUGAGCAAAUAUGUUUUUUUGCAGUCGAAGCAUGUUUUACCUACACAGCACAUCCUGAGUCGUUCAACCCUAAACUGAUGCUCAACUUUACUUCUGAUGCUGAUUAUGAGAUGAAAAAAUCAAGAGUCAGGGUCAACUUUAUGGAUUCAUCUCAAGGAAAGCUGGAGCUGUCUGGUCAAGGGAGACAGGCCUGUCACAAAACUACACUCCGGCUUUUGAGAAAUAUCAAGGACAAGCUGCAGAAUAUUCCUAUCUCUGUCACUGUGUCUCUGAGCUCCAGUCAGACAACCAGUGCUAGUGCGGAUCAGCUCAGUUUUACUCCUGUCCUCAACCGCUACCAGCAGAAGACCACUUCCUCAGAGAUCGUUCUAAUAAAUAGAGGCUGUGGCAGUGACAAAAUUUGUCAAAGUAACCUGGACUUACAGUACAAGUUCUGUUCCAAAAAAACUCAAGCCGGUCAAGAUGUUUUCAAAUCACUGGCCAGUGAGGAUGGUGUUGCGGUCAUCACUCCAUCAGAUGAAGACAUAGCUUUGGAGAUCACUGUGACUAACAAAAACGGGGACGAUGCACACCAGAGUCGUUUGGCCAUUACACUCCCAGACAUAGUGCGCUACUCAUCCUACUCGACCACUGCAGAAAAACAAGUGAGUUGUGCAGACAACAGGAUGCCAAUUGCCUGUGACCUGGGAAAUCCACUCCAAAGAGAUGCUGAAGUAACGUUUUAUGUCAUGCUCACAACUUCUGGCCUCACGUUGAGCACAAAAUUAAUUAACAUCACUUUACAGCUGGAGACGACGAGUGAGCAGACCAUAAAGCCAAUACAGGCCUUUGCCAAAGUUGUUUUUGAGCUGCAGUUGCAAGUGAACGGGAUCGCUAGACCUUCUCAGGUGUCAAUUGGUGAUAUUGUAAAGGGCGAAAGUGCGAUAAAAUCUGUGGAUCAAAUAGGAAACUCAGUUCAGUAUGAAUUUAGGAUAACGAAUUUGGGCAGACCUCUAAAGCAUUUUGCAAAUGCAUCACUGAGCAUCUACUGGCCAAAGGAGAACUCUGUAGGAAAGUGGCUUCUCUACUUGACUCACAUCACCAAUGACGGUGUGCAUUCUGUCCCCUGCUCACCUGUAGAUGAAGUCAGUCCACUUAAACAUGUAAAGGGCUGGCAUGACACAGCAAGAAAAAGACGUGAGGCUGAACAUAAAGCCCUCUCAACUGAUGGAUUCACAUUUCUUCCAACAAAAAGAAAAUAUAAAACACUGACCUGCUCAGAUGGACUGAAUUGUGUGGAGAUACGCUGCCCUCUGCUGGGCCUGGACAGUACUGCCCGGAUUGUUCUGCAUUCUCGCCUUUGGAAUGCCACUUUGGCAGAGGAUUAUAGCUCUUUAAACUAUCUUCUCAUUGUUGUUGAUGCAACUCUGACUCUAACCAACGCUCCAGAGAACAUUGGACUUAAACCAGAAAAACUCAGGACAAAGGCAAAACUGACAGUGUUCCUUGAGAGAAAGACUGAAUUCCUGGUCAAAGUUGCGUGGUGGAUAAUCCUCCUGACAGUCAUGUCUUUGCUGCUGCUGUUGGCCUUUUUAGGCUUCCUACUGUGGAAGCGUGGGUGCAUCCACUGCAUUGAUCAUAAGAAGAAGUUCUCAGAUAAUGGAGCUCCAAACACAGAGACAGCGCCCCUUAAAGGCUAAAGGGCAAACCUUAAGGACACCUUGAAGGUUUAAGAACAACACUGAGGCUUCCAUGGCAAGCUGUUGUUUUAUAUUUUCUACUAUCAGCACAGAAUUAUCUGAUCAUUUUAUGAUGUGUUAGGAUUUAUUUUUUUAUUGUUUUGGUUUUUGUUUGUUUUGUCACCCAAUUUAUUUGCAUGUUUACACUUUUCCAGCAUUUUCCCUUUUUCAUUUCUGUCUCCUUCUUUUUCCUUUGUUUAUUUCCCG